UUAACGACAUCAAUCAUGCUCGAAUCACUCUUCUCUUUUUGUCUUGACACUUUUUAUUAGGCUACUACAAGUUAUAUACAAGAUGAUGUUGGAUAGCGAACUAGGUCCACGAUACCAAUCCACUGCUUCACCUGUCGCCUGCGUUCCACCUAAUGUGCUUGACGUCGUGUACAAGCUAUUGUAUAGCGCACCGUGUUCAGCUGAAUUGAUGGUAAAAGAGAUCUUUGACAAACUGAGACGUUGUGACAAGAUGAUAAAAAUGAAACGUACUGGUGAAAGUGAAUCUUUGCCAACACAAUUACCUGACCAGACAAUGCGCUGGCUACAGACCAUACUUCAGCUUAUGAAUUACAGGUUCAUACGGUUUUUAAAAUACUCUCCACUUUCUUCUGGAUUACUUCACUAUAUUCGAUACUCUAUAUCGUUUCUUGAAAGCAGGCAGUGUUAUCAGUCACUCGAAUCGUUUACUGUGAAUAUUAUAAAUAUGCAAAUGGAUGUAAAGCUCCUCCGUUCAUUAGACGAUCCACAUAGAGAAAAAACGAUCUGGUUUGGAGAAUCCGAGAUGCUGGCUCGAUUGACUGUGUGUACCAUCAGUCGUCUGAUCAAGACAAGAGGACAGGCGGAUAUCAAGACAGAGCAGAUUCAUCGUGUGCUAUCUAAUCUAUACGAGCAUUCGCUUGACUGGUCUUCAGCAGCUCUAGAACAUUUCCCUCCUGUUGUUCGAGCCUUUUAUGAGUCGCCUAGCAACCAAAUACCAAGACCGAGCGUAACAGCAGCCAAAGUGCAACAAAUCGUGUCUAAUAACAAGGCACUGACGACCUACCUGCUUCAAGGGUCUCCAGAGGCAGAAAGAAUGGCCAUUCAGUAUUUCUCAAGUGCAGAAAAUCAAUCUAGUUUACUGUGCAUCAUGUGGGUCAUAGCCAUUACUCGCUCUACGGCAGAAUGCUUCCAUAUGCAAUCUGUACGUAAAUUACUGCUGCUGAUACCUCCUUCUAAAAUGGCAACAAACACAAUUGAUCUGAUGGACUUUAUACUAAGUGUAGAAUAUCCAUCCAAUGCUCAAUCAUCCAUAUCUGUUCUUUUGGAUGCAUUCAUCUGGAAAUAUCAGUGGGUCAAUUUCAAUCACGUCCUUUUUGCACUGGCCAAGGGCAGCGGUACGCCCGAAAGGACGACUAAGGCCAUGACCGUUCUUCGUUACUUACUCCUUGAAUCUUCAGAACUCGUUAAACGCGUACACAAAUGGGAUUCUCUCGGCUUCAGCUGUCGUCCAUGGACAGAGGAAGACUUUCAAGAAAAACUCAUGGCUUACUUACGAGAGUUUCCCGAGUACAGUGAGUUUGAGGCGUUUGCUAUGCAACAGUUUGAGCCUAGAGUCGACCUUUCACCACCAUUGCAGGUCAAGCUACCUAUCUAUUUUGGCAAUGUCAUCAGUGACUUUGUUGUUUCCCUAGAAAACAUUCUGAUGCGAUUGGUGGAGUAUGGCCAGACAGAGCUAUUGAUCGACAUAUUAGAUAAACAUGGUCAUUUGUUCAAAUAUCAUCAGUGUCCAUUAUCAUUUGUGGCCAACUUUUUCCUGUACUAUCAUGCAUCACCCACAUUGAUGAAUCUCUCUGUUCGUAAACGAAUUUUGAGGCUGAUAGAUUUUGAUCAGUACAAUAUUGCGCCUGAAGCGGUAGCCUAUGCUCAAAAUGAAGAUGAUGAUGGUAGCUUGUUUGAUGCUGGAUACUUUGAAAGGGUUAUUUAUAAGCUUGCUAAAAGUACAAGACAAGAAGAAAAAAAAGACAGAAAUGAUAGAUCCUAAUCAUAUAUACUUAGGCAUAAACCCUCAAACAUGUGCUCCUAGAGCCAACCCAGACUUACCCGAACGUCAUUUUCGAGAAAUUGGCAGUCCAGCCAUAGAAGGUAUUGUCAUUGCCACCUUGGAGACCAUGCUGACCACGACAGCUCCGUCAACGAUUAUAAAGUACUUCUUGGACUUGGCACUGCUAAGAGAAUCACAUCAUGUGGGUGUAUCUGCAUUGACGAUCCAUGCUAUUGGUCUACUCAUACCGUUACUACCUCCACAAGACUUUAUCCAUCCCAUGUUUAAAGAACUGAAUGACUUGAUAUUGACUGAUCCUUAUUUGCUGGCAGUAUCUGAGCCAUGUCGAUUGAUUCGAUGCGGAAUACCUAAAAGUGUGAACGGAAAAUAUACCAUGA